CAGCACUCGUCCGCCAUGCCCGCCGUCGACUUCUACGCCCGCUCCAUUACUGAGCUCGUCGCGAAGCGCGCUCGAGAGCAGCCCGAUACCCCCGCUAUCUACACCGGAGUCCCAGAGUCUAAAGCCCUCCUUCAGCCAUUAACCUAUCGUGAUAUAGAGAAGGCCGUUCAUCGACUGGCCUGGCACUAUGCCGACCUCAAUCUCCAACCCCAAGCAGCACCAGGGACGACCCCGCCUUCCAGAGUCAUCGCCGUGCUCGUCUCGACGGCUAUCGACGAGACUUUCCUAGAAAUAGCACUUGCCACCCUUGGCCUCACCGCCCUCCUCCUCUCCGUGAAUAACUCCGUCGCCGCAAUAGCUCAUCUGAUUAAGAAGACGAACGCAACCCACCUUAUCUAUGGCCCGAAGUUCUCCCAAGAAGCUCAGGACGCCCAGCAGCAGCUCGAGGCAGAGGGAUAUCAGGUCGGAAUCGUACCGGACCAGAGGUUUCCGCUGUGGGGUCCCGACGGGAUCGCCGCUGCAGAAGUGAAGGCAUUUCCGGCCGUGGUCCGCCCCGAGGAAGAGAAGAGCAGAACUGGUGUCAUUUUGCACUCGUCUGGAUCGACGGGUUUUCCGAAGCCUUGCUAUAUUACACAUUAUGGUUUGAUCGCCAACGCAUCCCUUAAUCAGAAUAAGCCCGGGUUCAGUACUCUUCCCGUCUUCCAUGGCUACGGUCAUUUCGCCACGUUUCGCUGCCUGUACUCUGGACAGCCGUUCACACUUUUCCCGCCCCAUCUACCUUUGACGUGCGCAAACAUCUGCGCGGUCAUCGAUGCCUCCCCGCCCGUCCGCCAAUGUUUCGCGGUGCCGUAUGUGAUAAAGUUAAUGGGUGAGAACCCCGAAGGCGUGAAGAAACUCGCAGCUUUCGACACCGUCAGCUACGCCGGCGCUGCACUCCCAGAUGAUCUGGGCGACCGCUUGACGGAGGCAGGAGUGAAGCUGCUCAGUAUAUAUGGUCUGACAGAAACCGGCACCUUGAUGAACUCGAACCGCGACUUUGACACGGACAAGGCGUGGAACUGGGUCCGCCCCCUCCCCCAGAGCGCGCCAUACGUCGAGUUCGAGCCGCGCGGGGAUGACACCUUCGAGGUCGUCGUCAAGGACGGGUACCCGCCCAAGAUCGAGACCAACAGGCCGGAUGGUUCGUAUGCGACGAAGGACUUGGUUACACGACACCCGGAGCAUGCAGGUUGGUACAAAUACGUCGGGCGUCUGGAUGAUACCCUUGUACAAACCCUUGGAGAGAAGACGAACCCGGUCCCAAUCGAGCUUUGCAUUCGAGGGAACAGUCCCUAUGUCCAAGAAGUAAUCGUCUUCGGCGCUGGAAGACCUCAAACAGGAUGCCUCAUCUUACCCUCCGAGCUGGGCAAGGACCUCUCGCGCGCCGAGCUGAUGGAGAAGGUCUGGCCCAUCAUCGAGCUCGCCAACUCUGCAGCCCCGACGCACUCAAGACUACUGCCGGAAAUGGUCGAGUUCCUCCCGUACGGCACCGAAAUCCCCGUCGCGACGAAGAUGAGCAUCCUCCGGCCGGCGUGCUACGCCAAGUUCAAGGACCUCAUUGAUGAAAUAUACGACCGCUUUGAACGGGGUUCGGGGAAAGAGAAGGUCGUACUUCCCCGGGCGGAACUCGAGGACUUUAUCCUGGAGACGAUUGCGAAAACCCUCGGCCCGUCAAAGUCGGCAAAAUUGAACAAGACAGUCGACUUGUUCGAGUUCGGUGUCGAUUCGCUGCAAGGUAUUCGUAUCCGAAAUACACUCCAACAAGCUCUUGAGUUUGGGGACAAGGCCCUCGGGCAGAAUGUGAUCUACGAAUAUCCUUCGGUUGAGAAGCUUGCCGAUCACAUACUAGCUCUGCAAUCCGGCGGGGAUGUCGCCAAGUCGGACGAACAGCAACACCGGGUGAUGCUCGACAUGGUCGAGAAGUGGGCAAGUAGACUAGAAUCCCACAGACCCGAAGGCGACGUUUCGUCUUCGGACGAUUCUCGUGUUGUAGUCCUGACUGGUGCCACUGGCUCCUUGGGCGCACACAUCCUUGCGCAGCUCGUGGCCUCACCGUCUGUCAUGAAAGUGAUCUGUCUAUCUCGUGCCAAGUCACAUGCGGAUUCGUUGGAGCGGAUCCGCGAGUCGUUGCGGACGCGCAAGCUGUCACUACACGAUGAGAGCAAAAUCGUCUCAUAUGCUGCCAACACGAGCGAGGAUCACCUCGGUCUCAGCGAAGAGGAGUAUGAGCAGACACGGCGGGAAGCAACAGAUGUCAUCCACGUAAGUCUGCCCGCCACUCCAAUUCCUGGACUUUACUUCUUACCUCACGUCCAGAACGCGUGGCCGGUCAACUUCAACCUGAGCAUCGAGUCGUACGACGCGCACGUCGGCGGCGCGCUCAACCUGCUCAACCUCUGCCUGCGCUCGCCGCGCGCGCAGCCCGCGUCCUUCUACUUUAGCUCCUCGAUCAGCUGCCGGCAGGGGGGGCGCGAGGCGGUGUGCCCCGAGGACUUCCCGCCCGAGCCGGGCACGGCCGCGGGGACGGGGUACGCGCGCAGCAAGUGGGUCGCGGAGAAGCUGUGCGAGCGCGCGGCGCGCGACACGGCGGUGCGCGUCGGCGUGCUGAGGAUCGGGCAGAUGGUGGGGGAUACGGUCAACGGCGUCUGGAACGAGACGGAGGCGUGGCCGCUGAUGUUCAAGGGCGCGAACACGGUCGGGUACCUCCCGCGCACGGACGAGCACCCCUCGUGGCUGCCGGUCGACUACGCCGGGCGCGCGGUCGCGGAGAUAGUGCUGCGCGCGGACGCGCCGAAGGCGGUGGUGUACCACAUCGUGAACCCGGACACGUCGGCGUCGUGGGACGACAUCCUGGCUGCGCUGCGCGACGCGGGCGUGCGCUUCGAAGCGGUGGGCACGGAGGAGUGGCUGGAGAGGCUCGCGGGGAGCGAGAGGGACCCGGAGAGGAAUCCGGUUAUCAAGUUGUUGCCGUUCUUCAGGAAGAGGUACGAGGGCGGGGUGAAGCGCGGGAUGGUGUUCAGCACGGAGGAGACGGGGAAGGUCGUGCCUAGUAUAAGGGCUGCGCCGCCGGUGAGCCGGGGGGUGGUGAGGAAGUGGGUGCAGCAUUGGAAGGAGAUUGGGUUCCUCGCGUGAGGGACCGAAUAGAGAUAGAUGAGCGGUAGACGCUCCCGUUAAUUCCAUUUACUUUCAUUCUCGAAAGAAUAUUUAAGAUAUUAUGUUAUCCGCCCUUCUCUAAAGCAUGUUUCUGGUGGGUUUCUUAUUCACAUAUGGAGGUAGAACAAAGAUGUAUAUAUUUUUGUCUAUACGACGGAG